AUAUAUCUCAACAUUAUACUCGAACGCGGAGAAUACGUAAAUUUCCCAAAGUUACUCCUCAAGCGGUUGAAGCAGAGAAGAUAGAAGCGUCCAAAUGUUGUCGCGCAACGAAUCCACCACAGCUUGGCGUUUUUGGCUGAUCUGGAUGGCCUUAAUGUGUGCUGGCAUUUUUCUUUGCGCCAAGCAGCUUACCGAUGCAUACAACCGCCAGUCCCAGGAGCAGAACAAGACCCAGACCAUCGCAAACGACACCGUGGACAAGGCGGUCAAAGAAACUCUGGUGGAAGGCAUCAGGACAGAGGCGCAGAAUCCACCAAUUGACGACAUCUAUGCGAUUUUAAGACGCCCCCUAGUCGACCUUAUCUACGAGCAUGCCUUGCGCCACAGCAAAGCUGCAGGAUGCCUCGGGGCCAAGAAAAACAUCACCAUGAAGACAGGUAUUUCAAAACUACGACAUCCACAACGUCGCAAGCGGCAGGCUGAGGAGAAAACGGCUCUUGAACCGAUCUCUCGCCUCAACAUCACCAAGGACGCAAUGCGUCUUAAGGGCUUGAAACUCCUAAAGAUAAUCGGGGGUGCCAUCAACGAGCAAUUACACUUUGGGGAGCGCGAACAACCGAAAAUAAGGCCCGGGGACGAAUCAGCCAAGCAGUCUCGAUCCCCAGUUCAGAUCCUGACUCCCCGUGGUAUUUUUAUUGGCCCCCUGAAUGAGUUCAAGCAGUUGGUGGCACAGCGACGUUGUCCAUUGCAUGGCUUGUUAACUUUCAAGGAACAAUCAGCGGGUCCUUGCAAGUGCUGUGGCAAAUAAAAUCGCGACUAGCAGCGACACUUACACACACACACACACAUACACAUACACACAUAUCCACACUGAAAAGCGAAUCAGUUUGGGUCUCUUUUCCCGAUAGAGUUGUUGAGACGCUUUGAAUUAUAUUUCUUAAGGGUCCUCAGGACUACAGUUCCUUACCAUUUAUAUAAUAUUUAAGCAAAGGAGGAAGUCACAAAUCAUAUUGAAGAAGAAUAAAUAAAAUUUCUUAGGUUGCUAGUUCGAGGUAAUAUGAGUAUAGUGGAGAGUUUAUAGAAUUUCGAAUAAGCUACUAAGCAUAGCAACUCAUUUUAAGGAUGUUUCUAAUUAAAAUAUUUAACAUAGCAUUUAAGCUUAUUUAACCUUCCUUAAGGCUGCCACAAUUGCGUUGUGGAACGAUCAAAUAGUCCAACGGAAUAGAAAUAGAAUAAUGAUUCGAUCACAACCGACAAAUGCAUUUACACAACCAUUAUUUUAUUAUAUUUUGUAACUAUGUUGUAAAUGUGGAAAGGAAAGGACAAAUGCGAUAAAGAAGCAAAUCCCUGAAAUACAAAUAAUCGAGUUGAA